UGUGCUGUUUGACAUUUUGGACGUGUAUACUUCUGCAAAUGCAAUCGCGUAAAUUGCACAGAAGGAAUGAUCAUACAAGUCAGCCCUUUAUGUUUUAUUCAUGUGUGCAUAAAAGUGUAGUCACAUACUGCACAUGACGUCGUUGAUGUAUCGCGACCGACCGACCGACCGGGCUAGCUAUGUAUGCUGAUCUGUCAGUACAUCACUAGUGACUCCAUACACAGCUGUCAGUAGCACUCACAGGCUUCAUAUGGAAGUCUGGAUGCUGUUGCUCUACUGUCUUCACUAGAUGCUGAAAGGCAGUUAGUCACAUGGGAUUAUAGUGGAUCUGUUGGAAUACAUGCUAUCCUAUAAAUACUUUAGGAAUAGAACAUACUGUAUGGUGUAUAUAGAGUUGUUGAAUUGGAAAGCUGGUCAGUGAGGACCAUCUCAUUAUUUCCCUACUGAGUGGACAUUGAUGUAGGUGGUCAGUGAAGACCGUUUCAUUAUUCCUGUACUGAGUGGAUAUUGAUUUAGGAAACAUGUCGUCAUCAGAUGAAGAAAUGUCUGAAAAUGAUUUUGAGUGGUGCUGGGACCUGGCUGACAUCAACAUGUCCACUGCAGUAACAGCCAGUCGUAACCCAAGCGGCAGUGAGAAGUCUACCAUCAGCUCCAAUGUACGCAAGCUACGGCAUCUCUUUGAGGAGCAGUCUACCACCACUGGCAAGCCUCCACCUGCCCCAAGACUAGUCAAGACAACCGAUAACAUCAAUGCCAACACCACAACUAGCAAUGCUAGCAAUGCAGCCAAGUCCUCACUGUCUGGGGUUGUACUACGGCACAAAGAAUCAAAGUCAGUACAUGGUCGUCCAAGACCUGCCAGCAAUGAGUAUAAUGUAAACGUUCAACAGCGACUAAGCGGGGACUUUACAGGUGUACCGGUGAAAGGCUCAGGGGAGGGUAGUGGAGAUGACCCAAGGAAGAGGUUCACAAAUGUCCUCAAGAAGUUUGAGGCUGCGAGUAGCCCUCCUAUCCAACGCAGGGCAACAACAGGUCCCAGAAGGACCAGUAGUAGCCCACCUACAAGUCCUCCGGUCUUCAAGAAACGCAUCCAUGAAAAUGUGGACAGAUCUGGAGAGCCGUUUGGGGUUGGUAUCCGCAGGGACUCUGAGUCAGAGGUAUUCGAAUCCGAUGACAAUGUAUCACAUUCCGCUUCAAAUGGUGAUGAAGUAAUAAAUUCAAAGUAUAUACCACCUGUGGCAAAUAUACCUAGUGAAGACAGAUUAAAGGAUUCUCUUCCUAAAGCGAAUGGAGAUGUUAACAGAGAUGUAGAAGCUACCAAAGCCAUACCAAUGGACGUUAGUAAUAAGGAGACUGUCGUAGCUGAAGAAUCUAAGGUUGUCAUGAGGAGAAAUCGCUCCUCAAGGCAAUCAGAGGAUUCCAGUGCUUCCACAAGAAGAUGGAGUUUUGGCCAGUCGGCGAGACCAUUCUCUCGGGAGUACAGUGAUGCAGAGAUUCAUCAUGUAGAUCCACCAAAGAAAAAGGAGAUGCCUGCCUCAGAUAUUAUUGCAAUUAAUCGGCCUGAUAUUGAUUAUGCAGAAAAGUUGAAUGUGGAUGUUGAGAGCAGUCGGCGCAAGAAUGUUCCAGAGGUGCCAUCUAGGAGGUCUAAUCACGCCGCUGCUCAAGAAAGAAGCGUAGACACGAAAAAGCCGCAAACACAAUCGAUUGAUGAUGAGUAUUCAGUUAAUGACAUUCAUGAAGCGUUAAGCCAAUCACCAUAUUCCUCUAAGAACAUUCCCAGUAAGACUGAAGACGUUCCCUUUCCAGAAGUCAAAGCACAGAGCCAUGAACCUGUAAGAGCUACCGUAUCUGGCAAAGUGGAAUCAGCAGGACUUGUGGCUGAGCUGAGUUCUGGAUCCAAGGAGGAGAGACCUGAUAUCGUAUCUGAUCUUCCUUCUGAAGGAUCAUGCUCAUUCCUCUCCCCUACACCCUCUAUGGAAGAUGAUAUCUCUAAGAAUCGCAUCAACCUGACAGCAGAAGCCAUCACGUCUGAUGUAUCUCCUAGGAGUCGUGAUGGUGGUGGUGGUCUAAUCACCUCUGGUGGUGGUGGUGGUGGUGGUGGAGCUAGUACCGACAUCCUUGCCAUGGCCAUGUCCUUACCAGAGUCAACCCUGGACAGCGAUCAAGAAGAAGAAGAUGAAGAAGAGAGAAGCGAGGAUGACGAACCUCCGCACUUUGAACCGGAUGACUCGGACAUCACCGAUGACUCUGAGGAUGCUGUGGGUGGUUACGACCUGAUGAAUGAUAAGGAUGAUGAUGAGGACAUUCGUCACGAGCCUGAUAGUGCUCGUGGAACUCUAGAGGAGCUUGAGGACUCUGUAGAGGAUCAAGGCUAUGAUACAUCAUUCAACAUUGGAGGGUUCAUGCCUGGUGAAACCAGAGCUGGUAGUGAUGAUGAUUCAACGGAACAGUCGUCAUCUUCAGGAGAGGAACAUUCUCCAGAUGAUACGUUAUCUUCACGGAAAAGGGGAAAACCAAAGUCAUACCAGAUACAGAUCCAAGGCUUGUCAGAUACAGAUGAGGUCGAAUCAACACCAAAAACUAAAGCAAAAAGACGUGUCACAUUCAACAACGGACCUGCACAGGUAAGAUGUUUACAUAUUUUGAAUGUAAUGGCAAGGCCUGGUAAGUUUACUUAUAAUCACAAAGCGCAGCAAUCAAUAGGAUAUGUGAUGUAGUUCUAACAAUUGGUAAGAUAGUAAGAUUAACAAAAGAUAUAUGUGUAAAAUUGAAAUAGAUACAUUUAUAUUGUAGCAAUGUCAGGCUGGAAUAUUUUACACAAGAUAUGGAGUCAAGUUUUUGAUAGUAAACACAAUUUCUUUUAAUGAAGACUUAUUGUUCCGUAGUAGAUAAAUAGCUUAGUAAUUUUAGAAAGUGUGAGAGAGAUAGGGAGAGACUGACAGACAGAGAAAGGGGAGAGGGGGAAGGAAGGAAGGGAGAGAGAGAGAGAGAGAAGGGGAUGAUCUAGUGGGAGGAGACAUGUUUCCUAUAGUUUUUGAGAGAGGAGGAAGGAAGAGAGAAAAGCAUGGCACUGCCAAUAGUUUGAAAUCAUCUUCAAAAGGCAUUGAUUCGGAAUCCUAUUGAGGAAUAAAUAUAUUUGAACAUGACCCAGAUAUAAGAUGAGUAUUUAGUACGAGAGUCUCGAUCAAGUACAUCAACCCAUCAGCCUUCAGGCGGAAUGCACACCAAUUCAGGUUAAAUAUGUAUUUAGCUUUUUUCAGCUUCAUGCGGUCAACCAUAUUUCCAUUGCCAAAAACACUGGAAGAAGUACAGAGGCCAGAGAAGGUCGGGAUAAAAGGACAAGGGCGUUGAGUUUUAAACAAAAUCAGAGGUAGAAGAAAGGAAAAUAUAUGAAAGAACAAGAGUUUAACCAAAAAUGAAAAUAAAAGUCAGAGAACAUAGAUAUAAGAAGGACGAGAGAUGCAAAAGAAGGAGGGGCAUAUAUUUAGUUGUUGUUGGUGAAGUAUAUUCCAUGUUGCUGUGCUUUAAGCCAAUCCCAGCCCUUCUCAGCCCGCCCUUCUCUUAAGCAGGUGAAAGGGUAAGCCUUGCCUGGUUGUGACUGAGUUGAUACAAGCACUUAGAGCCUCAAUUCUCUCCCUACGCCUUCCGGUGAUCGAUUGUCUAUCCUCCGGAGACCUUAAGAAUCCAUCGAGGCUGCCUGACUCGCUCUGCUCUGCUCUGCUCUGUAGCUAAGGCUGAUGUGCUCUAGAGUAGGCCAUGGGAUAGGGGGUAUGGACAUACAGGAGAUACAUGUCCUUAACAUGUAGGAAAACAUCACUCAUGUGUGGCAGUCCCAAAUGUAUCAAAGAUUCCUUUUGAAUCUAGAUGGAAAGGAAUUCAUAUAUUUUUGAAAAGUUGCAUAUUUUCUGUUCUGUGCUUGUAUAACGCAGCGUGAUAUUUGUCCUUAAAAAUAAGUUUUGAAUAUAUUUCUUUAGUUGGAAGGAUAGGAGAGAAACCAGGGAUGACAAGUAUGUAAGGAUUAUAUAUGCAUGUAAUGUGAGCUUUGUUUGACAUUAUUCAGACCCAACAACCAAACACUCUCUCUCUCUCUCUCUCUCUCAUACAUUAUUCAAUGGUUCUACAUCACACUACUCUACAUGUCUGGGGUUGGGUGUGUAACCAACAUGGACAAAAAUCAGUUUAGAUGUCAGGUAUGCUUUCAAGACUCUUUUAUCAAGUCUGGAGAGAUCUGGGACUCUUCUCACUAACCCUCAGUAAUGUUGUAUGCAUUGUCAGCUUUACCUAUCUCCUUUUAUCUCCUUGAAUCUCAUUGUCAACUAGACUAGAUUCCAAGAAACAUAGAAACAGUUUGUAUUGGCAACAGCUAUAUUGUGUAGAGAAUAUUAGAAUCCUGCUUCUUUACAAUCUACCUUAGAUUACAAUAUUAACCCAAUGGCAACUGAAGUCUCUAAUUCAUAUAGGCUUGAUACAGGGACUAUGUGUGACAUAUUUGUAGAACCUAUUAUAACACAUCCGAAUUAAUAACAAUAAUUCAUUAAAUCAUCUUCAAAAUAAUUGUUUACAUGUUUAUUUGAAUGCCAUUUAAUUGCAUACUAACAUAAUGUCUGAUGUGAUUCAGCUGAUUAGAAAUGCAGUUAAUGGAAAAUGAAAGCCUUUUCUGUGGGUUAGAUUCAUCUACCUAAAUUGACAUUUUUCGCUUUUGAACUUACAAGUUGUUGCUUUUCAGAAUAUUUCAUUUAAAACAAGGUUUCUUAAGAAAUGUUAUGUCUAACUAUACCUAGUCGAUCAAUUAUUGAUAAGGUUGUAAGCCUAUCUGUCUCUUGUGUUUGCAAGCAGGCCUCUUGAAUAUUUUAUUUUCUGAUGAAGUCAUUUUCUCCUACAUCGUCACUGCAUGGAGAUGAUACUCUGAUACUUAGAGUAGUUGUAUCAGUUCAGUUAAGACUUGCGGGUAUGCAGCCUUCACGGUCACCAGGGAUCAACGACUGUCUUGGCAUUCCUAGUAAACUCAUAAAAUAUAAACUUUGGAACGUUCAAGUUCAUGUUAUAGGGAGCACAGAUUCCGGCAUGAAUACUAUAUGACUGUUGGGAGAUGUUAGAGUAUCUCAUAUAUCAGUGAUUGUCAUUGAACCCAACCGUUUCUUCUGUAUGUGUUCAUGAUUUGUCAAUGUAUUCAUGAAUAAAUUCAGAAAGAAAACCCCCUAUUUUCCAAGGCUACAGAUGGCCGUCUC